ACAUGGUGGAAAAAAGUGCAAAUGUGUCAAAUUUGCACGAAUAAAAGUACAAUUUUUCACAAAUUGCUGGAUAAAAAUCUGAUAACAAUUGUGUAGUCUGAAAGACCAAGUACUCAAGCAAACAUUCACUGCUUUACUUACCAUUUUGCUUACAAUCGGAAGGUUUGUGCAGGGUUGAAACCGAGAUGGAACGUGAAGAUCUUGAAAGCUCUGCCUCUGGCUCCACUGGAUCAGGUCAGCAUCAGGUUGAAAGACAGCUGGCUCAGAAAAGGAUUUUCAAAAUCAUUGUUAUUGGAGACUCCAAUGUUGGAAAAACAUGUCUGACCUUCAGAUUUUGCGGUGGAAGAUUUCCAGAGAGGACUGAAGCAACUAUUGGCGUUGACUUCAGAGAAAGACAAGUCGAUCUUGAUGGAGAAAUGAUAAAGCUGCAGCUUUGGGACACUGCUGGUCAAGAACGUUUCCGGAAGAGCAUGGUGCAACAUUACUACCGUAACGUACAUGCCGUCGUAUUCACGUACGACGUCACCAAAUUCCAAUCGUUUGAGAAUAUGCCUCAUUGGGUGGAAGAGUGUGACAAACAUAACCUCACAUCGGACAUUCCACGUAUUCUAGUAGGAAACAAAUGUGACUUGAGGGACAGAGUUGCCGUCAGUACAAACAUGGCACAAAAGUUUGCGGACGCACAUAACAUGCCAUUGUUUGAGACAUCGGCGAAAGAUGACACAGACUGUGACCACGUUGACGCAAUAUUUCUAACGAUAGCUCAUAAGUUGAAGAACUCUAAGCCGAUGAUGCCUCCGGCAUGGGCGCGAUAUGGAAACUUGCCGGCACCAACACAAAAUGUGAUAUCUGUAGGACAGUUAGAGGAGAGUUCAGAAACUGCAGAAAAGGAUUCAUGUGGUUGUUGAAAGUUGUUAGUGUAGAAAAGUGGUUAUGGGUUCUGUCUCAAGAGGGUGUUCAUUUCUUUCUUCUGACAGUGUCUGAACCUGUUCCAAAGUUGUUAGAAGCAGGAAAUUUGUAGUGUACUACUUGUAUGUAUAACAACCUUCUAUUUUGAAUGUGAGGUAAAAUACAGCGUGAUUUUUCUGAGAAAUGGGACAUGUAUCCAGCUACUUCAAGAAAAGUCCCGGUGCUUUGAAGCUUUUGAGCUGAUGUCUCUAAGAAGAUGUUGGCCACAUGUAGACUAGGGGUGCUUUGAGAGUGACAGUCUUUAUAGCGCCGAAAUAUGAUCUGCAUUGGUGAUUGGUUCAACCAAGAAUUGAUAAAGAUAAAUCUUUAUUCAUUCUUGGUUCAACUGGCCACAUGUCAUCAAACAGAGGAAAUUCUGUGCCGAUCUGAUUCGAUUUUGUAGUUAGUAGCUGCCAGUGUGCACCAUACUUUUGGAUUCUAGUCAAAGAGUCUUAUAAAUCUUGUACAUGUACAAGCAAUUUCAAUAUAAUCAUGACUGUUCAGUGGGAUUUUUCACUCUUGAGUAAAACCAAGAACAUGUAUACUGCACUGUAUAUUAUGCACAGAAGUCUUGGUUCUGCUAUUGAGUAUUAUGAUGAAAGUCAUUUAUCUGUUAAAUGGGUGAUCCAGUAUGCUUUUCUCCCAGAUUUUUUAACCAAGAUGUAUCUACUGCACUGUAUAUAAUGCACAGAUGUCUUGGUUCUGCUGUGAUGAUUUAUGUGUUGACUGUAUGAUACAAUCAUGUCUUUAUUGGUCUUAGUCUUACAAGUUGGUUAAUAAUGGUGACGUAAGCUUAAACAACUCAAAUAACCUGUAUCACUCCAGAAGAGGGCAGUUGGAAAUGUAUGAAUGAGGCUCAGCUUCUGGUAUCUUUUAUUCACUUAUUGUGUCAGCCAAGGGAAAAUUUCUCGAAUAGAUACUUGCAUUCAAUUCACCUCUAUGAUAGCAUCGGUAAAAAGGAUGAUUUAGAGACUAAAUCUUGAUAAAUUGUGCUGAUUUUCGCAGUGUUUGUUUAUUCAUUAUACGAAACAGGUACACAAGAAUCGUAAAAAAUGUCUCUGUUUUCAAUAUUCAUGAAUUGUUGCUGCCUGACCUAUGAGUAGGACAGCGGGAGUGAGGUCAGGAGCCCAGACAACCUGAUACUGGACAUACUAACCCAAUGGUGGUCAUAAAACAUAUCUUAAUGUGGAACAUGAAGUAUGUGCAAGAGGUAAAGACAUACAUGUACUUUCUGAUCAUACAGAUGUGAGACUGUUUAAUUUUAAUGUGGUGCUUGAUGUACAUGUAUUCUAUGUGUAUUGUAACAACAUACCUGGUAUUUAUGAUAGAUAGUUGUGGAUGUACCCAAACAUUCUAAUUUCAAAUAUGGUCUCUACAGGGUGCCUCAUGAAUAACCCAGCUGAAAUCCUUUCAAGUUUAUCAUAAUUCUCCAGACUACGGCUAUGCGUGUUGAUUUUAUGCUUUGGGUCCAGAGCAAUAUCUUGUCAUCUAUCUGCUUUCACCGAGAAAUCGUAAUUUGCUUUCUUAAAGGGACUUUAGGCACCAGCCAGGCGGGUCAGGUUAAGUUGCAUGAACUCCCUAAGAGGGUCUAUCCUAUCUCACAGAACAUCGCAAGGAAGUGAAAAUGGUCAUUACUAUAUAACACUGAUGCAGGGACUAGUGAGGGAAUGGUAACUUAAGAUUUUUCUCUGGAUGCAAUUUCUAAAUCUGCGGGACCCUCAACAUAGAAUUGAUUAUGCAGGGCCUAAUGGGAUCACAAGACGGGGCAACUCAGGAGUUUGAAAUAUGUAAUGUAGGCCUCCCAUAAUGAGGGAUUGAUUGUUUUAUAUUUUUUUCAGAUUUUAAAACAUUUUCUUGUGGUAAUCAUCUUGUUGUUAACAUAAUUUCUUCCAUAGAAGUCACCCACAAUUUUUCUUGAUAGCUGUGUUAUAAUAAUAUGUCAAAUCAAGCUCAGCAAACUUUAAAAAGUUAAAAA